UUGCAAAUCUCGGAGGAGCAGAUUCAUACACCAAAGCAGCUGCUAACCUCUUACCAUUGGCUGUGAUUGUACCGCCCAGGUAUGCAUAGAGCUGAGAACUUCAGCCCCAUCGACAGGGUCACAAAGACACAGCCUCCCUCGCUCUAACAGAUGCUUCACCGCUCAAGGCAGACAUUUGUGUCACAUCUUUGGAGCUGUCUCUUUGUUCUUUCUCCGAUUCCCAACACUCUCACACCACACAAUCACGCAGCAUAUCGAGAAAAGAGUGUCCACCGUCCGUGUUGCAUGCUAAUAGUGACCGAUGGACGACCCUUACACAUCGUGUCCGGUCGAUCGGAAAAGCCGGGAGUUCAGGCUACUCCAACUCCAACCCAAAAACAACGAAGACAUAAUCAAAUGCAACAUGCAAACCUACAGGCUCGGGUACUCUCCACCUUACAAAGCUUUAUCGUACACAUGGGGUGCCAAUGCAACCUACACCAACAUCGAAAUCAACCGUGUGAAAGUUCCAGUCCGCGAGAACUUAUGGGACUUCCUACACCAACAGCUGCUUCAUGGCAAUUACGGGCCAUUUUGGAUUGACGCCCUCUGUAUACAACAGUCAGAAGUUCAUGAGCGCAAUCAUCAAGUACGGAUGAUGGACUAUAUAUACAGAGAUGCUGUAUUGGUUUUGAUCUGGCUUGGCAAAGAGAGCGACGAUAGUGAUCUCGCCAUGCGGACUUUGGUGAGUUGGGAGUGGUGCAAUCCGAGCACUGUACGGCUCAUGUUCGCUUGCAAGAACAAAUCCGGCAAGACUCUUCUUAUGCGUGGAACGAAGGGAGUGACUACCUGGAACUCGAAAGAGGUACUCAGUGUGUUGUCAUUAUGUAAGAGAAGAUAUUGGUCGCGCAUGUGGAUCAUCCAAGAAGUCGUGCACGCGGAACGUGUAGAGAUUCAUUGUGGCUCUGAGAUUCUCGAAUGGUACAAGUUCGAACAAUUGUACUAUUAUGUAAGUAUCAUAUCCAGAUACUAUAAGGAGAUGGACACGCCUUUUUACAACGCCGUUCGUUCCAGUCCAGCCAUGUCCAUCGUUAAGACUAGGGCUUCGCAUGCGGCGAAAGUAUCGGACCAGUAUGUGGGCCGGCCCAGCGACAUUGCUAUCGAUUCCCUGAUGGAAACAUACAAUGCCCACGAGUGUGAAGAUAUCCGAGACAAAGUCUAUGCUGUUGUGGGAAUAGCGAAGUAUGGCUCAACCAUCGUAGUUGACUAUCGUAAAUCAGCAAAGGAUGUUCUGCUCGAUAUCUUCUACCACGCCAGUACCGAAAUGAGCUGGGAGGCAAGAUGGCGUGAAGAUGAACUUGUCCGAAUCGGCCAAUUGUUGGAGAGAGUUUUGGAAGUUCCUUUUCCGGAGACUGAGAUACGAUUUCACAUCGCUCGCAGCCAUGGUCUAACUGCAUAUCUUGUCGGGAAUGAAUACAGGGACUUUUUCAGAUCCGCCGACUCGGCACGAAAAGAAUUUGAUAGCCCUGCGAGUUAUAUUGCAGUAGACAACUAAACACUCAAUUGUUUCCUCAAUCAUCAUAAACUCCAUUAACGUCCCCACAUUACAACAUGCGAGCCUUCCAAUCCAAUUCAAAGCUCCACAUGCACCACUACUCACUAUCUAAUACUAUGUACGA